UCAUAAACAAAACUAUGGGAUUCGAGUUGGACCGCUUUAAGGGGACCGUGGACCCGGAUUUUAAAUGCAACUUGUGUAAUAAAGUCCUGGAGGACCCUUUGACUACUCCGUGCGGUCAUGUCUUCUGCUCCGGCUGCGUCCUUCCCUGGGUAGUCCAACAGAGCAGCUGCCCCGUCAAAUGUCAACGGAUCUCCGCCAAAGAGCUGAACCACGUCCUGCCUCUGAAAAACCUCAUACUGAAGCUGGAGAUUAAAUGUGACAACCACACCAGAGGCUGCGAUGCGGUGGUGAAGCUGCAGCAUCUGGCCGAACACGCCGAGAUGUGCGACUAUUCCCCGGCCAAGUGUAGGAAUAAAGGAUGCGACUUGGAGCUCAACCUGCGGGACAUGGACGCGCAUAUGCGGGAGACGUGCGAGCAUAGGCCGAUGGGGAUGUGCGAGAGCGGCUGCGGGUUGAUGCUCACCUUUAAGGAGCAUAAGUUAAAGAGUCACUGCUGUCUCCGAGCCCUGAAGGCGCACAAUGUAGCCCUGCAGAGCAAAAUCAUCAGCCUGGAUAGAGAGUUCAAGAAGCAGACCAUUAAAGCCAAUAAGAGGGAGAAGGCUCUGCUGGCACAACUGUCUGCGGUGCACGGGGAGCUGCAGAUGACAGCACUCAAGUAUCAGAAGAAAUUCACCGAGUACAGCGACAGAAUCGACUCCCUCACCAAAACUGUGGCUUUCUCCUGCAAGGAAAGCGAGACUAAAAGCAUGACGGUUGUUCUUCUCCGUGAGGGCGGAUCUCUGGGUUUUAACAUCAUAGGAGGAAGGCCAUGCGCGGACGACAACGACAGCACUUCAAACGAAGGGAUCUUUGUAUCCAAGAUCGUGGAGAAAGGUCCGGCGGAUAAGGAGGGUGGACUUCAAAUCCACGACAGAGUAAUAGAGGUAAGACACAUUCCCAGAGCUAUAAAGCCCUUUGUGAUCUGCCAUGUCAAUGGGAAGGACCUGUCCAAGGCCACCCACGACCAGGCGGUGGAGGCCUUCCGGACCGCCAAGGAGCCCAUCAUGGUCCAGGUUCUCCGCAGGGCUCCGCACCCCAAACUGCUCAGCCCCACCGCCGACGCCCAGGUGUCGGACACCAGCACCCAGACCGACAUCACCCUCCAGCACAUCAUGGCCCUCACCACGCUGCCGGCUUCUGCACCCCCCAUGACGGUGCUGGACGACUACCUGCUCCCAGAGGAACAUAACGCUGGACAUACGUACUUCGACCCCAACGAUUUCCUGGAGGGAAUACAGCAGGACAUCGAGCGAGACGAGCUGGAAUACGAGGAGGUGGAUUUGUACCGAGCCAACAUCCAGGACAAGCUGGGCCUGACGAUCUGCUACAGGACUGACGAUGAAGAUGAGGCUGGAAUCUACAUUAGUGAGAUUGAUCCAAACAGCAUUGCUGCUAAAGAUGGCCGAAUUAGAGAAGGAGACAAAAUCAUCCAGAUCAAUGGCGUUGAGAUCCAGAACCGAGAGGAUGCAGUGGCGCUGCUGACCAGUGAGGGGAACCAGAACAUCUCUCUGCUGGUGGCCAGACCGGAGAUCCAGCUGGACGAGGGCUGGAUGGAUGAUGACAGGAACGACUUCCUGGAUGACCUCCACAUGGACAUGCUGGAGCAGCAGCACCAUCAGGCCAUGCAGUUCACCGCCAGCAUGCUGCAGCAGAAGAAGCAUGAGGAGGAUGGAGGCACCACAGACACCGCUACGCUCUUGUCCAACCACCAUGAAAAGGACAGCGGUGUCGGUCGCACCGAUGAAAGUACCAGAAAUGAUGAGAGUUCAGAGCAGGAGAACCUCGCCGACGACCAGACCACGGCCUCCAACACGCUGGGCAGCUGCCGAAAGCUGACCUACAGCCAGGACACGCUGGGCAGCACCGACCUGCCCUUCAGCGGAGAGUCCUUCAUCUCCGCCGAUUACACCGACACUGACUUCCUGGGCAUCCCGGCGGACGAGUGCGAGCGCUUCAGGGAGCUUCUGGAGCUGAAGUGCCAGAUGGGUCUGGGGGCGCAGGGUCUGUACUGCCAAGGCGUAGGGGGGGCAGAAGGCCAAGACCAGGAGGGUGUGGACAAAGAGCUGGAGCUGCUCAACGAGGAGCUGCGCACCAUCGAGCUGGAGUGUCUGAACAUCGUCCGAGCUCAUAAGAUGCAGCAGCUGAGGGAUCAAUGCCGCGAGUCCUGGAUGCUCCACAACAGCGGCUUCCGCAACUACAACACCAGCAUCGACGCGCGCCGCCACGAGCUCUCCGACAUCACGGAGCUGCCGGAAAAGUCCGACAAGGACAGCUCCAGUGCCUACAACACCGGGGAGAGCUGCCGCAGCACCCCCCUCACACUGGAGUUGUCCCCAGAUAACUCACUCCGCCGAGGGGGUGAGAACCAGGGAGCGGCGGGGGCGUCGACCAGCUCCGGCAGCAGGAUGUUGAAGCCACUUCUGUCUCCUGUCCAAGAGGCUCCAAGCAGGAGCAGAAGCUCUUCUAAGGACCUGGAUGGAGCCCUGCAGUCCGAGACCAAGGAGAGGAAGCUGGGGGAGUCCAGCAAGGCCGGACGGGGCUUCUCACAUUCACCGUACAAACACGCUCACAUCCCCGCCCACGCCCAGCACUACCAGAGCUACAUGCAGCUGAUCCAGCAGAAGUCCGCUGUGGAAUACGCCCAGAGCCAGAUGAGCCUGGUCAGCAUGUGCCGGGACCCCAUCACCCCCAACGACCUGGAGCCAAAGAUGGAGUGGAAAGUGAAGAUCCGCAGCGACGGCACACGAUACAUCACCAAGCGACCGGUCCGGGACAAACUGCUGAGGGAACGAGCCCUGCGCAUCCACGAAGAACGCAGCGGGAUGACCACGGAUGACGAUGCCAUAAGCGAGCUGAAGAUGGGCCGAUACUGGAGCAAAGAGGAGAGGAAGCAGCACGCGGUCCGAGCCAAGGAGCAGAGGCAACGACGCGAGUUCAUGAAGCAGAGCCGGGCCGACUGUAUGAAAGAGCAGGCCGGACCCGAGGACAAAAAGGAGCCCAACAUCAUCGAACUCAGCCACAAAAAGAUGAUGAAAAAGAGGAAUAAGAAAAUAUUUGACAACUGGAUGACCAUCCAGGAACUGCUGACCCAUGGUACCAAGUCACCAGAUGGGACACGGGUUUAUAACUCACUCCUGUCCGUGACCACAGUCUAAGUCCUGUUCAGGUUCAGGUUCAGGUGAAGGUCGGCCGAGGACGGACUGGAGCGUAAUGGACUGUACAUAGGACACUACCGGUUGGGGUAGAGAUUCCUGCCUCGUUCAAUGUGGCAACAUUUUGUAAAUAGAAAAUAAGGAAAGCCUUUUCUGGACGAACAUUUUCCACCACUGUGGUGAAGAAAAGGUCCUUUAAAUGACAGUGGGACUUCCAGAUAUAAAUCGGACAUUGGUAUGAGGAUGAUUUGUCAAAUUCUUUCAAUAACCUUUUCUACCUUUGUGCUUGAUCUUUUGAAUAAUUUGGAAACAAAAGAACACAAUAUUUUACUCUUGUGGGAGGUUUUGAUAGUGUGAAAAGACCGUGUGCCAUACAUAAACAGCCAGCAUUUACACUCUUUUACAUUAUUUUCUUCGUACUAUAUAUCUUUGUCAGUAUUUUACUGUUAGCAUACUUAAUGCUUUUAUGGAAACGAUGCUAUUUUCCUGCAAGGUAGAACACGUAACCCUUUUCAAAAGGACUUUGUAAAUUAAAAAUAAACAUUUUGUAACAAAUCCACUUUUUUAGUUUUAUUUUUCUCUAACAGUGCUGAUUUCCCAAAGCGAAGAAAACUACCAGUGAUGUACCAUCUGUUCCAUAAUGUAGAAACAUACCGUGAUGUCAGAUGUUGUUGCGUUUGUACGUUUGUUUGGAGAUGUUUCUCCUGUUGUUGAAACUGAAAUGUUUGUUCAAGCACAUUGUAGUCGCUUAAUCUUUCUUAGGGUUUCAUGUAUCAACAGAAUAACAGCUUAACAAAUCCGUAGUUAGCCACACAUUUUGAUGUCUUGUAAAAUGAGAGAAAUAAUAAAUUAUUGUUUUAUAUAUGAUGAGCUUUCAAAUGCUGGUUGAAUUUGUCCUUCAUUGAAAAGUGAAACAAUAAAUAAAAAUGGUUCA